GACAAGCUCUCCCACUGCACCCUCUUCCCACCAUUGUCCAUCACCAUGCCUGGCGACCGAUUUGAUGCUCUCCCCCAAUUAGUUCCCAUCAACAGUCCUCCGCCACUCAGGUUGACAGUUGCCAGACACCUAAGCUCAACCAAUUAGACUCCUAAGCCCUUGCCUGAGCGUGAGACAUUUCCGAUAAUCCACAAGUGCUCUAAGCCAUUGGAUCCAUAUAUUUCACGUGAGUUGGACAUGAAAAGUAGUAGGCAUAGCAGUGCUCUUUCGAAAAUACCUGGAAGUGUGCAACAUUCCUAAUCCAAAUUCCAAUCUGCCUCCGGUCGGCAGUGCGACACCGAUUCCCGUUCACAGCACCAAGUCGUACCCGCGCAUGGCCGCUCCGGCCGUCGUCGCCGACACCGCCGCCCCACCUCCUCCUCCAGAGGCGGAGCCGGCGGUCACGGCUGUACCAGAUCAAAAGGUCUCUCAUCCUCCCCCUCUUCUUCCCCCUCAGCCCGAUGCGCCGGCGCCGGCGUCGGCACCAGCGCCAAAGAAACGGAAGCUGGAGGACGCGGGGUUCCACACCUCCGACUACUACAAGAUCCGGGCCGUCGUUGCUGACCUGCGCGUCCGCUUCAUCCAGGGUUAUGAAGCUCCUGAUUUCCGAAACAGCGAUGCUGCUCGUGAGAUUCUGAAAGAAAUAAAGGUAGUCAUGGAACUAUCCAAGAAAAUGAGGCUCGACCUCGGUGCUACUUCUGAGCCUGUGAAACCAUCAGAGAAACCUUCAGCUGUACGUGUGAAGGACGAGCCUGUGAAACCAUCAGAGAAGCCUUCAGCUGGACCUGUGAAAGACGAACCUGUGCAACCAUCAGAGAAGCCUCCAGCUGGACCUGUGAAGGACAAUCCUGUGAAACCAUCAGAGAAACCUUCAGCUGUACGUGCGAAGGACGAGCCUGUGAAACCAUCAGAGAAGCCUUCAGCUGGACCUGUGAAAGACGAACCUGUGCAACCAUCAGAGAAGCCUCCAGCUGGACCUGUGAAGGACAAUCCUGUGAAACCAUCAGAGAAGCCUUCAGCUGGACUUGGGAACGACGAGCCUAUGAAACCGUCGGAGAACCCUAAGGACGAACCCGCCGGGCCAACUCUACCUGGAGAAAACAAGCAAGCUCCUCAGGAAGGUCAGACCGCACUUCCUCCUAAUAAUAUGCAGCAGUGAAGGCAAUAGAGGAGACCCAACCAAGCGAUAUGGUGGAUACCCCGAAGCUGCUCGGCGAAAUCGCAGAGGGGUCCCACGCUGCUGGUUGAUCUCUUAUCGGCGCGCAUUUUCUUGCGCCGCCUGGAAGUAAAACUGUUUAUUGCGGGCUAACCAAAGAAGAGUGGCGGGCGCAAAGCUGCGAGCUGAAAUGUCGUGUCCACGUUCUUAUGAGUAGUACUGCGUUGUUUAUUCGUCAAUGGAUGAUUUAGUUAUCAAAUAGCUACCGUGUAACUAGAUCAUAGAGAACAUUGUGUUGUUGUAUGAACGGAACCAUAAGUCAAUCCAUUGUGGAGCCAAUGCUUGCGUAGAGAGCUAAUGAAUAGCGCGGAACCA